UCUUCAUGUUGAUAUCACAGAGUGAAGUCGACACUCCCAAGCGGAUCGGCCCGGAGACGACUGGCGGCCAAUGCAACUCAAGCAGGGACCCCUUUUCUCCACACCACGCCAGCGAGCCCGUUACAGACAAGGACGCCCAGAAGUCCGAGAGACAAACUAUCUACACUUUUUAUCAUUUCAACGAGAUAAAGAUUGACAUCAAAGCCCUCAUCAGUCAUCAGCGCCCUUGCGCACCAGCAAACCGACCUUUCACGGGCCCGUCACUCAGACGCUCAAAACAAACCCCCCAUCCAUCCCGACGAGCACCACCGCGCCGACCACACCCUCCAACCGGCAACGAUGGCCGUCGGCGGACCGCCCAACAUCAUGGGCCGCUUCUUCCUGCUGAUCCUGGCGAUCGCGAUCACGGGAAUGUUCUUCUACCACGAGUCGCAGGACACGACGGUGACGCAGGAGGAGGCGCUGAACUUCCAGAACUUCCUGGCCAAGCAGCCGGUCGAGGAGCCGACCGAGACGCCGAAGCCGACGCGCGUGCCCGGCUACGGCCGCCCGAUGUUCCACGCCGAGACGGACGAGGAGGACAAGGCCAAGGAGAAGGCGAAGCCGCCGCCGCGGAAACUGAGCUUCGAGGCCGUCAACGGCGAGGAGGAUAAGUGGUGAGUGUGAUUUUCUGAUGAUAGCGGCGGAGGUGGAGGUAGGGAGGGAGCAGGGGA